GGCCAUUGACAAGAUGACCACUUUUCUCUUCCUUAUUGUGUUUUCUUGCCUUGCAUUGUCUUUUCAGAGCUAUGGAGAUGAGAGAAAGGUUCAUAUUGUUUACAUGGGAGGACGCUCCAAAGGAGUCUCAUCAUCAUCACUUUCUUCAAUCCAUCAUUCAAUGCUUAAUAAAGUUCUUUCCAGUGGUGUUAGCUCUUCAGAGUCAAUUGUCUAUAGCUACGGAAGGAGUUUCAAUGGGUUUGCUGCAAGGUUAACAGAUGAGGAAGUUGAAAAAUUAUCAGAGAUGGAUGGGGUGGUCUCUGUACUUCCAAAUACCAAAUUCCAGCCCCACACAACCAGAUCCUGGGACUUCAUGGGUCUCACUAGGAACUUAUCUUUAAGGUACCCUAAUCAAGGGAAUGUCAUUGUUGGGGUCUUAGACACUGGAAUUUGGCCUGAAUCUGAAAGCUUUAGUGGUGAUGGUCUUGGUUCUCUACCAUCAAAAUUUAAAGGUACAUGCCAGACCGGAGGAACCAAUUUUACUUGCAACAAUAAACUCAUCGGAGCUAGAUAUUACAAUGCCGACAAUUUCUUCGACCCAAGGGAGUUCAAAUCACCAAGAGAUGCAAUAGGCCAUGGAACUCACACCUCUUCCACUGCCGCCGGCCGGGCAGUGGGCGGUGCGAGCUACUUCGGCCUCGCCGAAGGUGAAGCUAGAGGAGCAGUCCCCGAAGCCAGGAUAGCAAUGUACAAAGUGUGCUGGUUAGGCUAUGGUUGCUCUGGAGCCGAUAUUUUGAAAGCUUUCGACGAUGCCAUAGCCGAUGGAGUUGACAUUAUCUCUGUUUCACUUGGGUCUGGCUUCCCAUUUGAAUAUUAUGAGGAUCCGAUAGCGAUCGGAUCCUUUCAUGCGAUGAAGAAUGGGAUACUCACCUCAAACUCUGCGGGGAAUGCAGGUCCUUUUCCCAUCUCCGUAGCAAACUAUGCUCCAUGGAGUUUGACGGUAGCUGCUAGCAGCAUCGAUAGGAAGUUCGUCUCCAAUGUGGUUCUCGGCAAUGGCAACACUUACAUUGGAAUAGCCAUCAAUAGUUUCAACCUUGGUAACUCAGUGUCUCCUCUUAUCUACGGUGGAGACGCGGUGAAUGUCUCCACUGGGAGUUCGGAACUAAUCUCGAGUUAUUGCUUUGAUGGGUACAUGAACUCUCAAAAAGUGAAAGGAAACUUGGUUCUUUGCAAUGGGUUGUUCGGAGAAGAGGGAAUUCCCAAUGCCGAUGGGUUGGGUGUCAUUUUGAGCUCUGACAACUACAAAGAUGUAGCCUUUAAUUUUCGGCUUCCGGCCACUGUCUUGAGUUCUCAAGAUGUUCAAGAGGUUCUUGCCUACAUAAGAUCUAGCAGCAAUCCUAUUGCAACAAUUAAAAUGAGCGAUGAGUGGAAUGAUACACUUGCUCCGACAGUCGUUUCCUUCUCCUCCAGAGGCCCUAAUCCGAUCACUCCUGAUAUUCUAAAGCCUGACUUAACUGCGCCUGGAGUAGACAUCAUUGCAGCAUGGUCUCUAGCAGCCAGCCCCACCUUCAACCCUGAAGACCAAAGGAUUACUAAGUUUAACAUCAUUUCAGGCACCUCGAUGUCUUGCCCUCAUGCUACUGGUGCUGCCGCCUAUGUCAAGUCUGCCCACCCUUCCUGGUCUCCUGCAGCAAUCAAGUCUGCUCUCAUGACCACAGCAACACCAAUGGAUUCAAGAAAGAAUGAAGAUGCAGAGUUUGCAUAUGGAGCUGGCCACAUCAAUCCUGUAAAAGCUGUUGACCCAGGACUCAUAUUUGAUGCAUCAGAGCAAGAUUACAUCACAUUCCUUUGCAAACAAGGUUACAACACAAGCACACUCCAACGUCUCACAGGUGACAACUGCACUUGCAAUGGUAUUGCACCAGGGAAAGCUUGGAACCUCAACUACCCUUCCUUCUCCCUCUCUGUGCCAGACAAUGGCUAUGCACUUGGAUCCUUUUAUAGAACUGUUACUAAUGUUGGAUUUCCAAACUCCACAUAUUAUGCCACUGUUUUUGCACCAGAAAAUCUCAAGAUUUCAGUUGAGCCUGCAAGUCUUUCAUUCACCCAAGUUGGGGAGAAGAAAUCAUUUGUUGUGAAGGUUGAUGGUGGGAAGUUGUUUCAGCAACCUAUCAUGUCUGCAUGUAUAACUUGGUUUGAUGGAGUGCACAGUGUGAGAACUCCUGUUGUUGUGUUCACAACUGUUCUUCCUCUUCCUUUCAAUGUUGAUCAGGGUGCUGAUUUGAGGUCCAUUGGCAAAGCAAACUUCCCUCGCUUGAAUGGGAAUUUGAUGGGAAAUUAGUUGGUUUUGGUGAUCUUUUUAGCUUAUUUUGAGUUGUUCUGUGGAAAAUAAAGUCUGUCUGGACUUGAUUAUUGACCUAUGCUAUGUAUGGUCAAGCUCUUUCUUGUGUUGUCUUAAUGAUCAUUAAUAUAAUUGUCAUGUGUUUUUUUUUUUAA